AUGAUGGAACACAUUCCGACGAAGAUCGUUUGCACGCCUGCUAGCACCAUUGCAACACGGAGGAGUAAGAGACGCUUUGUUGGGCAGAAAGCAUUGCGUAUUUGGAGGUUGCGCAGGCUUUGGGAUAAGGAGACACGCAAAACAAAGUCUGUCACUGCUCCGUUUGUGCCCGUGCAAGUGAACAACAAACG